CGGCAUUCUGAUUGGCCGUAAAAUAGAUUGUCAAAAUAAUGAAAAUAGCGAGCGGAAGUAAACACUGAUGGCAUUGUAUUAUUUUAAGUGAAAUUUUGAAUAUUUUAUUAAAAUUAUUUGAUAGGGUUAAUGUAUCAAAGGUAAAAAAAAAAUACCAAGAAAAUGGAUUCCGAUGAACCUUUAAUGAAUACUGAUGUAUUUAAUGUUAAUGAUAUCGCAGAGAUUGAAGACUUUCUCAGCGGCUGUGACGGAGAUUUUAUGGUUAAGCUUGAAGAAGAGCUUGCAUUGAUUGAUAACGACAUUAAUUUAAUCGAUAUCGAUACGAAAUUUACUGCUAAUGCUUCACCUAAAGUUCCCCCGUAUCCAAACAGAACAGGGAAUCCUCUAGUGUCGCAGUAUUCUCAGAGCACUCAAUCUUCAGUACAGACACCACAACCUAAAAGAAGUCCUGUAUUGGGAGUUUACGGAAGAGAGGAAUCAUAUAAUUUGCCGCUUAAGAAAGAAAGCACUCCUAUACCUGAGAAGACACCAUGUGUUACUACCCAGGCGCCUGCUCAAACACCAAUGAUUGUACAACAAGUGGUACAGCAUCCUCUAUAUGUCAACCUAACUCAUGGAAGUUUGCAACAGUUGCCUGAUGGAAGGACCUCGCUGGUACAACUAGAUGGGGUUCAACAGAUAAAUGAAACACAUAAAACACAAACCACUCAGCCCUUGUUACUUCCAAAUAAUGCAAAGGGGGUUACUCCAGUAAUCAUAAAAAGUAGUGAUGCAAAUUUUUCUCCUGUAUUAUUGCAAUCAAAUAUAAUUAGUCCAGAAACCCAGACUCUUAUGUAUACAAGUGCCCCAAUACAAGGAACCCAAGGAACAAAAGCCAGCAAUGAAAACAGACCAAUACAUACUUUUUUCACAAGCAAUAAUGGACCCACUUUAUUAACAACAGGGAUUCCAGUUGUAUUGGAUGGCGAUAAAAUUUCCUUUAACCAAUCCAACUCUGGCCCACCAAAAGUUAAAGAAGUAAAAAGAAGUGCCCAUAAUGCCAUAGAAAGACGCUAUAGAACCAGUAUCAAUGACAGAAUAGUAGAACUUAAAAAUAUGUUAGUCGGUGAAGAGGCAAAGUUAAAUAAAUCAGCUAUAUUAAGGAAAACAAUUGAAUACAUUAAGUAUUUACAAAAUCAGAAUGCUAGAUUGAAACAGGAAAAUGUUGCUCUCAAAUUGGCAUGCCAGAAAUCUGGAGUGAAAGAUGUUGGAUUUGAAGGAGCAUACACUCCACCACACAGUGAUGUCUCAUCGCCUUACAAUUCUCCCCAUGGUAUUGAUAGUGAUUCACCAUCUUCACCUGAAUUUAAGGCUGAAGAAAAAUACUCAAAGAUAGUAAUGGGAAUGGGUGACCAUUCUCGCUUGGCAUUGUGUGCAUUCAUGGUUGGGUUGAUAGCAUUCAAUCCAUUCAGUGCCUUCUUUGGAAGCUUCAUGUCAGACACGCAACAAGCUGAUUAUAAUUCAAGAGUUGAUCAAAGAAGAAUAUUGUCCGAUGAUAAUUUAAAUUCAGGUGGGUCUGGUUGGGGGAUGUGGCUAUUUAAUAUAUUUUUAAUAUAUCUUGUGAAUUUCAUACUUCUGGGUGGCUGUCUUAUUAAGCUCUUAGUAUAUGGUGACUCUGUGCCUAAAUCACAGUCAAAAGAAGCUGGACUCUUUUACAAACACAAGCGCCUAGCGGACAAUUAUUUAAAAAAGGGUGAUCUAACAAAUGCUCGUUUAGAACUUCAUCAAUCGCUUGCUGCCUGUGGUAAAAGUGUGCAAUCAGGCGAACAAGGGAGAGCCAAAUGUUCUGCAUUAGCUGCUGCUAUUUUGAGGCAAAUUUUGCAAAGACUCCCUCUUGGCGGCUUUUUGGCUCGCCGUGCCGGCGAUUUAUUUAGUGACAGCCCAGCUAGAAGAGCGACCAAGCACUGGGCAGCGGAGGUUUCAAAUGUUUCCCAUCGAUUAGCACAAUUGGAACUAUUAUCAAACCACAGUGGUCGCAGCGAACGAGUCCUGUUGGCAUUACAAGCUGUAAAUUUAGCCGAAGUAACAGGUGAUAAGCAGCUUUUAGCUGAUACCUAUAUAACUGCUGCAUUAGUUUUCAAGGAUUAUAUGCCGAAGAUUGGAAAUUGGUUGUGUGGAUACUACCUGCGCGCAUGCAGUAUAUGGAGCGGCGAGUGGGGGCUGCGCGUGCGCUGGUCGACGAGCGCGCGCGGCCAGCAGUUCCUGCGCACGCGCCGCUGGACGUACGACACCGCGCCGGCGCUGUUCUCGCGCAUACCGUGCCCGGCUGAUCCGCUUGCCUACGCUAUGCGGGCUUACCAUCUGGAGCUCUUGCAGAAGAGCCUCCAAAUGUUGCUGUGUGCGGACGAGCGCAGCAACACUCGCGACGUGCUCGACACCGUCAACUUGAUCACUGAAGACGUGUCUGCUGACUCACCACAGCACACUGUGUUAUUACCCACAACUUUGAAACUAGGUUGUUGGGAUCCAGUGAUGGAAUGGUGGGCGAACAUAGUGGGCGUGGCCGCCACUUGGUUGCUCGCUGACGUGAACAGAGCCGCGGACAUCGGCGACAGACUCAACAUGUUGCCGGAACCGUUAGCUAAUUGCGAGGAUCCAUUGCCGGGAGCGCUCCACAUGGCGUACAAAAGUCGGCGCGGUCUCCUGAGCUUGGCGCAGUGUCGAGAUGAACGUUCUAUCAAGAAGACCUCUGAGACAAUACUUAAGGUAUGCGAAAUCGCGGGAGCCAGGUUAGCUGAUUCGUUGGCAUAUUAUUGCUGCAAGAAACCCACACAACUUAUGUUGCUGAUGCAAGUGCUGUGCUGCGACUGGGUGCUGGAGGUGCGCGCGGGCGUGUGGGAGGCGGGCGGCGGCGGGCCCGCGCCGCCCGCGCAGCUCAAGGCGUUCCAGCGCGACCUGCACUCGCUGCGCCGCCUGUCGCAGACGCUGCCGUGGGUGACAUCCCGGGUAUUUUUACAAUCGGCUGUAUGUCGUAUGAUGGCGGGCGCCGCACCAAAACGCACGCAGCAACUACUUGACGGAAGUCUUAGACCGAGGUUAAACAGAUCUUCAAUUAUAUGUGGAAAAGAAAGAGCACUCGAAAGCGGAGGCGGCGAGGGUGAAAGAGCGGUAGCUUUAUAUAUGGCCUGUAAACAUUUGCCGCCAGCGGUGUUGGCAGCGCCGGGAGAGCGUGCGGGAAUGCUAGCACAAGCAGCUGCCACCUUACAGAAAAUUGGACACAGGAGUCGCCUACCACAUUGCUAUCAUCUAAUGAAGUCCGUUGGAACGUUACCAUCCGCGCCCUGAACGACUUUAGUUUAACAUAUUAUUUUGUACUAAAAUUUGAAUACAGAAUAAAUAAUUUCGAUAAAUAUUGAA